AUGGCAGAAGCCAGUUCAGCUCUGGAUCAGAACCAGUUCAGCUGUCCAAUCUGUCUAGAUCUACUGCAAGAUCCAGUGACUAUUCCCUGUGGACACAGUUACUGUAUGAGCUGCAUUAAGAGCUGCUGGGAUCAGGAGGAUCAUGCUGGAGUUUACAGCUGCCCCCAGUGCAGACAGACCUUCACACCCAGACCUGUUCUGGGCAGAAACACCAUGCUGGCUGAAGUGGUGAGGAAUCUGAAGAAGACUGGACUACAAGCAGCUACUCCUGCUGACCAUUAUGCUGGACCUGGAGAUGUGGAGUGUGACGUCUGUACUGGGAGAAAACACAAAGCUGUCAAGUCCUGCCUGGUGUGUCAGGCCUCUUACUGUGAAACUCAUCUCCAGCCUCACUAUGAGUCUCCAGCUUUUAAGAAGCACAAGCUGACUGAUGCCACUGGACGUCGGCAAGACAAGAUCUGUUCCCACCAUGACAGACCGCUAGAGGUCUACUGCCGUACCGACCAGCAGUGUGUCUGUCUGCUGUGUAUGAUGGAUAAACACAGAGGUCAUGAUACAGUCUCAGUUGCUGCACAAAAGGCAGAGAAACGGGUCAGGCUGGAAACUUUUAUAAAUUAUUUAUGAAUCAUAUUUUAAGUAAACGUAAAAAAUAAAGUAUGAUGUUUUUCGGAGUGAAAUAUUUGAUCUGUCUGUGUGCAUGUGAGAAUGUCUUCUUCGAAUGCAGAGAUCACACCUGCUUAGGUAAAAGGUGUUUAAACAGGUAAAUCCUGUAUGUUA